AUGGGGCAUCUAGGGGAGCUCACAGGGCUUAGUCCAACAGGGAUUGUAGUCAAUGUAACUGUGUCAAGAACCACACCUGCAGUAGCUGAUGAUCUUAUCGUUAUAGGAAUCUAUGGCCCGGCAGUGGUUGUUGCUGUCAACCGAUUAAAGGGGACGCUGGUGUGGUCCACCGUGCUAGAUCCACAUCCCAGAUCUCAAAUCACCAUGUCUGGAACACCUUACUCCGGGGAUUUCUACGUUGGCGUAUCAUCACUAGAGGAAGCCCUACCUCCUGAACAAUGUUGCACUUUCCGGGGUAGCAUGGCCAAACUAGACAUUGGAACUGGAGAGGUACUCUGGCGAACCUAUAUGAUUCCAGAUAAUGGUGGCCAAAUAGGAGGCUACUCAGGAGCUGCUUUGUGGGGCAGUAGCCCUGCCAUUGACAUUAAAAGAGGUCUUGUUUAUAUUGGAACUGGAAACCUAUACAGUGCUCCAGCUGAGGUGCUAGAGUGUCAAGCCAGGCGAAAUAAUCAAACAACCCCCUCUCAACCUGAUCAGUGCGUCGACGAUCCAAAUGUUCACUUCGAUUCCAUUCUUGCCUUGGAAUUAGACUCCGGAAAAAUCAGAUGGUUUCGCAGAUUCGAGAGCUAUGAUGUUUUUUAUUUUGCAUGCCUAGUGCCCAAUAAUCCAACAUGUCCUCCUGGACCUAACUUGGACGCUGACUUCGGAGAAGCUCCAAUGCUGCUCACCAUAUUUUCAAAUGGCACAAAACGUGAUGUUGUUGUUGCUGUCCAGAAAAGCGGAUAUACGUGGGCUCUAGAUCGCGACUCCGGUGAUAUAGUUUGGUUCAAUGUGGCUGGACCAGGCGGUCUGGAAGGAGGAGGAGUGUGGGGUGCAGCUACAGACGGAAAAAGGGUUUACACAAAUAUAGUAAAUAGCUAUCGUGCGAGCUUCAGGCUAGCACCAUCCAACCAAACCACGACGUCUGGGGCAUGGGUAGCGUUGGACGCAAAUACCGGCGAAAUUGUGUGGUCCACAGCAAACCCCAGCAAUGAAACUGCACAUGGUCCAGUUACGGUGGCCAAUGGUGUGGUUUUUGCUGGGUCCGUGGCACCUUCAGGCCCAUUCUACGGAAUGGACGCAGAAACAGGAACUAUAAUAUGGACAUAUAACACCAAUGCCACCGUGUACGGUGGUGCAUCAGUGAGCUACGGCUGUGUUUACCUGGGGCAUGGGUAUACAGUGGCCUUAGCCAAGUUCCAUCCCAGUUGGAAUCGUGGAACCUCACUCUUUGCAUUCUGCACCUUGUGA